AUGGCCCCGAAGUUCCCCAACAGCGUGGUCAAGCUUCAGUUGCACAUGGCCCUGAAGUCCCUCGACAGCAUCUCCAAGCCUCAGUUGCACAUGGCCCGGAAGUCCCUCAACGGCAAGUUCAAGCCUCAGUUGCACAUGGCCCCGAAGUUCCCCAACAGCGUGGUCAAGCUUCAGUUGCACAUGGCCCUGAAGUCCCUCGACAGCAUCUCCAAGCCUCAGUUGCACAUGGCCCGGAAGUCCCUCAACGGCAAGUUCAAGCCUCAGUUGCACAUGGCCCCGAAGUUCCCCAACAGCGUGGUCAAGCUUCAGUUGCACAUGGCCCUGAAGUCCCUCGACAGCAUCUCCAAGCCUCAGUUGCACAUGGCCCGGAAGUCCCUCAACGGCAAGUUCAAGCCUCAGUUGCACAUGGCCCCGAAUUCCCUCAACAGCAUGUUCAAGCUCCAGUUGCACAUGGCCCCGAAGUCCCUCAACGGCAAGUUCAACCUUCAGUUGCACAUGGCCCGGAAGUCCCUCAACGGCAAGUUCAAGCCUCAGUUGCACAAGGCCCUGAAGUCCUCCGACAGCAUGGUCAAAGUCCGUUUGUGCGUGGUCCUGAAGUAUACCAACAACCUGUCCAUGGCAGUGUUCCUCAUGCGAGCGUUCCUGAAGAUUGUGGAGAUCAAGAGCGUGGAGACCCCGAGCAACCCUGCCUCUUCGUCGACCGCUGUCAAGACAAAGGCCACAGCAAAGUCACCUUUGUGCAAGCUGUUUGCAAAGGUGGACGAGGGCUGCAAGUAUGGAGCUGGUUGCCGGUUUGUGCAUGAGUGGGGUGGUGUCGCCAAGAGGGAUCGUUGUCAUCUUUGCAGUGGAAAAGGGCACUUUUCCAAGCAGUGUCCUACGAAGGUGGAACCGAAGGCGAAGGCUUCACCGAAAGGGACGAAAGGAAAGGGAAAGGGCGCUGGAGAAGAUGGUGGUGAUGAAAAGGUGGCCAAGGCGGCAGUGAUGGAACCAGAGCCACACCCAAGCCCUGCAACGUCCUCCCCUACGAGCCCCAAGAAUGAGUCACAAGCCAAAGACGGUGAACCUCAGCAACAGGACCUUCGUGAAAUGCUUGGUGAGGCUACCCAGGCAAUAAGGUCACUGCUGGCGAGCGGCGCAUCUUCCUCGACCUCCUCUUCGUCUACCUCAGCAGCGGUGGAAACUUUGCAGCGACAGCUUGAUGAAAUUCGUCUGAAGGUGAUGAGACUUGAAAAAGAGCCCGCCUCUGGUGGAACCUUUGCUUUGCUGGACAGUGGGGCAACGAACAUCCUUCGCGAAGCCAAGUCGUCCACCGAACUGCAAGGCGCUAAGCUGACUCAGGUGGUUCUGGCUGGGGACACGAAACGAGAGCUUCACCAGACUGAAGAAGGUACCAUCAUCGCCCGAGGAGUCGGACCUGAACGAGUGCAAACCAUAAUUCCUAUGGGUGCUCUUGUGGACAGCGGCUACAAGGUGGUGUGGACAAAGGGGAAGUUAAGCGUGAGCCAUCCAGAAUAUGGUCGCUUGAGGACGAGGGUGACUUCGGGUUGUCCAGAAGUUGCAAAUGAGGAGGCGAUGAAGAUUGUGGAGCGCUUGGAAGGGAGAAAAAGGAAGGAGGAGCUUAGUGGCAAACUGUCUAUGCUGAAGGCGAAGAUUGAUUCGUUGGCGGAUGUGGAGGCGAGGCCAUGGACGACGUGGGCAAGAUGCUUCGUGGAUGAGCCGAAAAUGGGUCACUUGGUGCAGAUGGUGAUGAAGGCUCCGCUUUUCGAAGGCAUGGCAGAGGCGAUGGUGGAGAAGUUGGUCCCAAUGGAAGGUGAGAUUCCGAAGGAUGAGAAGGAUGGUUGGCAGCUGCUGAAGCAAUUGCCUUUGUCAAGGGCGAAACGAAAGGCCUUGAUGAGAUCGGCAUCGUGGAUGGUGAGGGUGUGUCCAGCGGCGAAAGGACAAAAUCCUGAAGGUGCGUUGUUGGAAGAGCUAAGGAACCAGCAUGAGAUCUUGGACCUGGGGGCGGAGCUGCUCAAGGAUGUGGAUGGGGCUGCAGUGAGAGUCUUGUUCUGGGCAGCAGCUACAGGGAGGGUGAAGUGCUGGUGGUGGAGAUUCGAGGACAAGGAAGGGACAAAGAGCCAAAGGGAGGCACAGGUGGCAAUGAGCUUCCUGAUGUAUGUCGUCUCGAAGUUCGCAACCCCCUUGUCCGAGCAGGUGGGCUAUGUGGCAGAAGGUGAGAACGCUUGGAGUGAUGGAGAACGAGAUCUUUGGAGAAGAUUUCAAAAGGUCACAGACAUGGCGUUGGAACCGGUGAAGCUAGGAGCCGAAACAAAAACCCUCUUUACCAACUACGAUGUGAUGGUGGCCAAUGACCAGGACAAGGGUCAGUUUGCAAGCAGUGCUGAUUUGUGGAGAAGGGUGGUUGAUGCUGUUGCCCUUCGUGCAGUGAUGGGACCGAGAGUGAGGGCAAUGUCAGCCAAACAACGGGCUGAGUGGAGAACUCACCUUUUACAUGAUCACACCCCGUUUAGGCGGGAUUGUACCGUCUGUACACAGGCGGCGGCUUUGGGCCGACCUCACCGGACAAGCAAGUUCCCACAAUGUGCAUUGGCAGUGGACACAGCAGGACCUUUUCGGCAUUUGGGCAGAGAUAUCAAUGGUAAGUCGUACCGGUAUCUUCUUGUGGGGGCUUACAGGGCCCCGAGAGUCUUCCUCCCUGCUGCUGGAAAAUCACAAAAGGAGAUGGAGCAGGAGAAGGAGGAAGGUCCUGAAGUACCACAAGGUGAACCAAAUGUGGAGGAAGCGUUCCCGCCUGGAGAUGAUCCCAUGGAGGUGGAUAACGCUGCCAAGAGUGAUGAGGAUGAGCUUGUCGAGUAUGAGCCGUCCCUUUCGAACCCAAGCGAUGUGGAGGAGGAGAUUGCGGUGAAGGCAGUGAAGGAGCAAGCUCUAUCAAGCGGCGAAGCCAAGGAGGAGAAAGGGGAGAAGCCUAUGUCAAGCCUGGACAAGGAGAUCAGCAUGAUAAAGGGGGCCCUUGAAUACGAGACCAUCUACAUCGUUCGACCUCAACACUCGAGGAAGUCCGCCGAGACCUUGAGGUCGAUCCAAGAGAUGAGAAUGGAGGUGGUAAGUGAAGGUCUUCCGCUUCAUCGUCUUCACAGUGACACAGCAAGGGAAUUUUCCACAGACUCCUUGAAGACUUGGUGCGCCGAGCAUGAUAUCGUCCACACUCGUACCUCUGGUGCAGAACCUGCAGCCAACUCGAGUGCAGAAGUCGGAGUGAAGUGGGCAAAAAAGGCGGCGAGAACAUUGUUGUCUUCGGCAAAGGCGGCACCUGAGGAGUGGCCAAUGGCGGUCGCUCAUGCUGCAGCAAAGAGGAAACAACGACUUCUUCGGCCUGGAGAUCCACACCUCCCUGCGUUCGGGCAGGAAGUAUGGUUUCGUGCGAAGACCUAUGUUGGGGCAAAGGAAAGCGCGGCGCUAAAGGAUGAGAACAAGGAUGUUCCGCCAAGGUGGAGGAGAGGUUACUAUCGCGGUCCAGCAAGUGAUGUACCGAAUGGACAUUUGGUGAUGAGAUCCGAUGGGGGCCUACUGAUUGCAAAGGGCAUUCGAGCAGGACUUGUGGAUCCAACAAUGGUGGAGCCCGCGCUUCUCCCUGAGCUUCGUGCUGAAGUACCUGAGUUUGUCCCACCGACAAGAAGGGCAAGGAAGAAAACAACUUUGGGGGAAAGGGAGCAAGAGGAAGAUGAACCUCCUCAAGGCCUAUCUCCACCUGAGAGGUACGCAAAAGGGGUCCUGGAUAAGAACGUUCCGGUGACGAGGGAUGAGGUGGAAAUGCUUUCGGCCCUAUUCCCCCAACAGGAUCUUCCCCGAGAUGUCCUUCCCUUGCCAGACGAGGAGAUGUGGUCUCCCAAGUCAUGGGGCGCCGGAGCCUACAUACAUGGUGGGGUGGCGGGUGUGAGACGAUCGACUACCUUGUUCCCGUACUCCACGAAGGUCCUCACGAAGUUCGUCAAGGAGGCUGAUCCUACCCACAAGUUCAAUGCGGUGGCCUUGUUCAGGGGAGAGCUAUGGGUCGAGGGCGAGCCUGAGGAGGGGAUGGAGAGCUAUGUGCACAAGGAGGGCGAUGAGGUGAUCAAUGGUUUUCUCCUCCAGCCUGCCAAGGGAACGGUGAAGUUUGACUCAAGAAGAAGGAGGUGGAUGUUACCCUGCUUACCUGCUGGCUUCAACAUGUGCAACGAGAAUCGAAGCAACGUCGAUGGAGAGAGCAACGAUGGGGCAGGGGCAGUGGCGCCGGAGAUUUCCAAGAUGAUGAGGGUGUUCGAGGAAAUUCCUGAGGAGGAGUUACCUAGGAUGAGGAAGGCUACUCCAGAGAACAUCUACACUGAGAAUGUGGAGGAAAUCUUGAAGGGCGUGAGUGACGAUUUGAAGGUCGUCCAAACGGUUCGCCAAAGCGAGGUCGUUAAUCAUCUGGACUGCUGGAAGAAGUCGAUGGAGAAAGAGAUCCAAGCGCUGGAGCAGUCGGGAGCAAUUCGUCGACUUCGUGGAAAAGAAGCAGCUGCAGUGAUGAGAGGGGGGGAAAGGACGAUGGUGCAUGGCAAAUGCGUGUACACAGUCAAACCUCCGGAUCAUCAAGGGCAAGGCUACAAAAGAAAAACUCGAAUCGUGGCAUGCGGAAAUCAGGUGGAAUCGUCGCACCUGGACCAGUCGGAGCUCUAUUCCGCAGGUGCUACGUCAGACCUUGUCAGGAUAGUCCUAGGUGAAGCAGGAGCAAAAUCCUGGGAUGCAGCGGUGGAUGAUGUGAAGUCGGCGUUUUUGUCGGCACCGAUUCCCGACAGCCCUUCCGGAAAACCACGAUAUGCCCUCAAGCCUCCUCGUGUUCUUCAGUUGGCGGGUUUGGUGGAGGAGCAGGAAGCAUGGGAGGUGGAUACCGCGUUGUACGGAUUCCGGCAGAGUCCAAAGUGGUGGAGCGACUUCAGGAAUGCCAAGGCCAAGCAUGCUGAGUUUGAUGCAAUUUGUGAUGGGAAGACGGUUCGUGCAGAGCUGAAGGUGUGCAAGAACGGAUCCGAAUCUUUUCAAGAUUGUCACCAAGGCGACCUCCAGUUCUACCAUCACGAACCCCAAGGCGACCUCCAGUUCUACCAUCACGAAUCCCGAGGCGACUUCCAGUUCUACCAUCACGAAUCCCGAGGCGACUUCCAGUUCUACCAUCACGAAUCCCGAGGCGACUUCCAGUUCUACCAUCACGAAUCCCGAGGCGACUUCCAGUUCUACCAACACGAAUCCCGAAGGCCUGAUGCUUCCUUUGCAGUGACGAUCCUGGCAUCGCUAACCACUCGGGAUCCAACCAGGGCCAAUGUCAUCGCAAAAAAAAUCUUGAAUUACUUCAACUCGACGAAGGAGUGUUCGAUGAUGACUGGUGAGAUCGAGUGCCCAGGAAUGACAACUCUGAGUUCGGCGGAAAGCGAAGUUCUCUCAAUAACUGAUGGCGUGCAGCUCAUGCUUGCUGUUCGGGCAACGUUGAUGGACAUGGGCCUUGGACCGAUUCAGUGCCAAGUGAUGGUCGACUCGACAGCGGCCAUUGCGAUUCUCCAAGGGGAUGGAGGAUCAUGGCGAACUCGCCAUUUGAAGCUGAGGUACCAUUGGCUGAGGGAGUUGGUGCAACAAGACCAAGUUCGCCUCAUCCAUUGCCCAGGGGAUUGGCAGCUGGCAGAUGUCUUGACAAAGCAGGUACCUUCAGUUCGCCUACGACACAUGAUGCGUUUGUGGGGAAUGAGGGGGGCAAUGCUAGCAGACGCGGAGCCGAAGGUGAAGAUGUUGCAACCAGAGCCUGAGAGGGAGGAAAGCCCUUCAUGGUCGUUGGGGUCAGGUCACUCUAGUGGCUACUAUGACAGGGUUGCAAAGCACCACUUCGACGCCUACUACAAGGACUGGGAGUCCUCGGAGGACGACGAGCAGCAGCCCUACGAACAGCAGCCCGACGAGCAGCAGCCCCACGAACAGCAGCCCGAUGAGCAGCAGCACCAAGAACAGCAGCCAACAGUCAUGACUAGCAGACAUGUAGUAGCAUCCUCGUAUACCUUGACCUGGAGUCUUAGGUUAGGGUGUUUGGUUAGUCUUCUGUGUUGUGCCCGUGGCGGUUGGGAUGAUGACGACGCACCUGUGGCUCGGCGGGAUCAAUCCUUGGAGACAAUGAAGGGCGUGGAAGUCGAGAUUUCAUGGGACUUGUACGUCGCUGUGAUGAUUGUGGGGGUGCUUGCUGUUAUGGUUUGGGAGUUUGUAAAAGGCUGUGGAAGAGGAGUGAACGAUUUGGUCGCUGUUAGGGCGCUGAGGGUGCCUUCAGUGGAGGCCAGACCGUUGAGACGAGAUGAGCUGAGAAGAUUGCAGGCGCUGCUGAAGGGUGAUGCUUCAACGUUGAAGGAGCAGGAAAGGUACGAGUUGUUGGACCUAAGUGCAAGAUUCCGGCAGGAAGAGGCUGCUGGUUUCGAGACAACUGCUCGUGCACGACGGACUGCAUCUGCAACCGAGCCAUCGAGUGCUUCGACUUCGUGGCAUGUGAGUAGGGCAGAGGUCGGUGUUCAGACUGACCCAUGGCAACCUGCAGCCGUGAGAAUGCAGCCAUCUCAAGAGCCGAUCCGCAUCAAGGUGAUCGAGACACCGUAUUGUGGGCCGUACUUUGUCUCAAGUCAUCUACCCUCCCUGCGGCUCCGCCCAGUCGUGCGCGAGGGCAGGGUGGGAUCAUUGCCCUGGGCAGACCUUGACCGCGUUGACCUCCAGGCGAUCCGCGACGCUGAUGUGGGUGGGGCGGGCAACGCGGUGGGACCUGCCGGCUGCCUGGCUGCUGCAGCACCACUAGCUCUGCCACCAGCCGCGACCGCCGAGUAUGCUGCCUCGCGUGACUGCGCCAUUACUCGCUGCCUCACCACGCUCGUGGGCCAUGUGGACGCACCAGUGACGCACCGCUGCCCAGCAAUCGGAGCGAGCGGCGCGCCUGCCAUUGCGCUUCGGUGGCUUGGGCUUGCGAGGGAUGUGAUGGUUGGAGCUUGCUUCUUGACUUGCGCACGUGUUCUUCUUUUCUGCGCUGGAGGCGCAUAUGGUGACUUUGGCCACCUUUGA